CUAAAUAUUCAAUACAAAUUUACAAAUUGGAUUUUGGGAUCUGAUGCAUGAAGCAAUAUGAAGUAAAACUGUAUCCAGUGGCAUUGAUUGCUUCAGAGGUUCCUAUUGUGUGGAGCAGCCUAUUCCACUGUCCCAACUAAGCUUCUAUCUCAGGGCCUAUUGAUUGCUGGCCCCCUGAGUGUAUUUGCAAUAUUGUGUAUUGAUCACACAACUGGGUUUUAUAUUAGUUACACACUUUCAGCAGUCGGUUCUAAUUUGUUUCAUGUUUUUGGGAAUAACUACUUUAAUUUAAUCGCAAAUUACUUGCUGCUGAUGUGAGAAGAAUUAGAAAGCAGUAGCCAUUGUUGCCAUAGAGAAGGGCAUAGUAACAAAAAAAUGGCAGCAUUCAUUGCUAAGCAGAUGGUUGGCAACCAAUUAAAGUCAGUCAAAGAUAAACUUUCUGGGGCUAUAGGAGGAGGAGAAAAGGAUGAGGGUGGAGAGGGUAAGGAAGAUGGCGGAGGAGGUGGAGGGGAGGAUCCCGAAGUCGAGGAAAUGCGGAGAGAGGCGGAAAGGAAGCGGAAAGAGAAGCAUGAAAAAGCGGAAGCUGAAAGAGAAGAGCUUCGGCAGUCAAUCAGAGAUAAGUAUGGAUUAAAGAAGAAGGUACCUGAGGAGGAAGGGAUGAUGAACAAUGAUGAUGCAGGAGGAAGAGUAGGGAGGAAGAAGAAGACGCCCGCAGAAUUAGCAGCGGAGGCGGCGGCCGACUCCGAUGAUGAGGAGUUUACAAUGCCAAAAAAUAUGGAUGAACUGAAAAACAAAGUGCAGGACAUUCCACAAAAAGUGGCUCAAAGUGUUGGUGAAGUGACUGAAAAGUGUUCUCUACAGUAAUUUUAAAAUACUGUGGAUUGCUUCAUGUAAGUCAUGACAGUAUCUGGAUGAUUUGAUUGGCCUGUCGUUUGUAGUCCGUACCAAGCACUUGUUACAUAUCUGAUUCAACUCAUAUUGUGUUUCCUUUGGAGCACUUAUUUAUUUUCCCUGUAGAAUCGAUUGCUCACUUAUUUUUUUUUCCUUGCAUGGAUGUUUGUUUUAAAUUGGUAGGAAUCCCUGUACUGGUUUUCUGAGCUUUGUGUGGUGACCAACACCUCACAUUAUAUACAUUUUUGUGUGAUUUUGUUUUCCUUUGUCCUAUGUUUUAUUCCUUUUCUUAUUUCUCUUUUUUUCUCCUUUGUUGUUUUGCCAUUGAAUUAAUUUCUAGAAUCAUUUGAAUAUAUAUGUUAUAUUUAUGGAUUUGAGCUUGAAACAAUUUAACGCAAAGUAACAAAACAUAAAAGCUACAUGUAAAUAAUAUAUGAAAAUUAUUUUAUACUGUGGAUAUUGGCCACCAGGAAAUGAUCUAUAUUUUAGUGCAUGGUUGUUUGCCUUUCUUUGUGGAAUGAUCUAACCAAAAUAACAGUUAAAACAGUAUGUUUCAGGAAUAUUUUAUGAAAAUUUUAACCCAGUUAUGCUUAUUUUCAUAUGCAGAUUCUUCCAAGUUCGUGUGUGACAUAGUACUCCAUAUUGGGAAAAUUACACAAUAUGGCAGCCGAAUAUUCGUGAAAGUUAAAAUAUGCACGCUGUUAUAGGAGAGCAGUUCAUAUCGUGUUUAAUGUAUAAUGUUACUUUAGUAUGCAAUAUAGACUGUAUGUCACUGUUGUUAAAAUAGACAUUAGCUGCGCACAAUUGAAAAAAAGAAAUGUUCCUAUUUUGAAAUGUUCCCCUUUGUAAGCAGUAUUUACAGAAAAAUUCUUUUUCGGAGGUGUUUGUUAUUCUCACUAAAUAAAAAUGGCAAGUGUAUAUAGCUGUUUUUCAAGUAAUUAUAUUGUCACACCGGAUGAGCAUUGGUGAUAUUAUUGUUUGUUUAUUAUAACUUUUUUGUUAGUUUUUCUUGAAGUGUUUUUGACACUUGCAUUUAUUUCUUUUUCAAAGGAAACCCUUGGCAUUCCAUUCUUAAAUCUAUAUGAAAUAUAUUUGUUAUUAAAUAUUUGCAGUUCACUUACAGAAUUUUUUUAAUUACUUUAAUUUGAAAGUUUUCCUGUAUUUCAUGUUUAAAUUAUUUUUUGUCUUUUGUAUGUGAUAUUAUUUGCAUUCCUCUGUAAUUGUUCUGUUCCGAUUUAGAUUACAUCACUGAUUUAACAUUUGACUUUUGUUCCCUUUCAUUUCAUUGUGUUAAUAAAACUUUUGCUCAUAUAUAUAAUACAAUAGAUUGCACCAGUAGCACUCUUUAAUUUUCUGCUCUACAAAUUUACCAGUUUCCUUUGAAGUAAUCUCCAGUACCCCAAGGCAUUCUUAUCAAAAAGACAUUGUCAGCAUUGAAAACAAACAACCUUAUACAGUCAAACCUUGUUAUCUCAAACACUCGAUGGGACCAAGAAAAAAACUUUGACAUAUCUGAGGAUUCAAUAUAGUGAGAUUAAAAAAAUUAAGAUUACCUGGUAAAGACUUCAAGCUCACUUUGAAAUUAUUCAAGAAGUCGAUGCUCGAGAUACCAAAGUUCAACUGUAUUUUAAUUUUUGAAUCUCAGGAUAAUUCCAUGACAGGAUAUUUUUUUUCAUUUUUCUUUUUUACUUUGUUUUUGGUUGAUGUUUAUUUAUUCAAUUUUUCUAAAGCAUAAUACUACCUUGUUAUUUGUCUUUUUCUGUUACUUCAAGGGUGUUAUCUUAAGUUUGUUAAAAAUGAAUUGUAUUAUGUAGUUCAUUCAAAUAUUUGAAAAGUUAAAUUUUAUACUGAUAUUACACUAUUAAAAUGUCAUUAUGCACGUUUAUAUAUAUUUGUUAGGAUUAUUAAGGACACAAAAGCACGUUCUUUAAUUCAGGAAAUAAUAGUAUUCAAUACCAAAGUGACAAUAAUUCGGGCUUUAUGCAAUGCUUAUUUUUUUUUAAUGCAGAUGUUUUCAUAUCCAUUUUCUAUACUGCAAUAUAAAUCCAAAAUUCGAAUAUACUCGAAUCACCAGACCACCAAUAUGUACAUAAAAUUAUACACAUUUGUAUACCAAAUAUGUCAUCUUAAAAUUUGAAAACCGUCAUGAUAUCAAUUUUCACUGUAAAAUUUAUUUUUCAAACGGCAAAGUGUGUUAUAUAGGUUUUUGCCAUGUUCAUUAUUAUGUGGUUCUAUAACCCACAUUAUUUGCAUGAUUCUCAAGGAUGUUUGUGUUAUAGUUGUGACUGAAAUCUGUAUACAGCUUCCAGUUGAUUUUAUGUAGACUUAGGCUGUUUAGCAGAUGGUAUAUGUAUAUGUAGGUGUUCUGUAUGGUUUUUGAAACAAUCAGUAGAAAGUUGUUAUUGAUAAAUUAAAUGAAAUAAAACAAAA